AUGGGGAAAAAAUGGACAUACUGUGCUGUCUAUUCCAUCAUCCAGAUACAUUUUGUCAGGGAUCUUUGGGAAAACAAUGCAGAAGAAGACAUUUAUGCAUUACCUGGUUCUGAUGUCAACCUGACCUGCCAAAAACAGAAGAAAGGCUUCUUGGUGCAGAUGCAGUGGUCCAAGGUCACUGAUAAGUUGGACCUGAUUACCCUUUAUCAUCCCCAACAUGGCUUUUACUGUGCCAGUGGGAGCCCCUGUGAGUCGCUGGUGGCUUUCAGAGAGGCUCCCAGGAAUGUGUCAAAGUGGACUCUGCACUUAAGGAACAUGUCCUCCUUGCUCACUGGGAAGUAUGAGUGUAGCUUCACUCUGUAUCCAGAGGGCAUUCAGACGAAAAUCUACCACCUACAGAUUCAGACAAAUGGAAGGCAGCGGCACAGACUCUUAAGUCCUACUUUAUGUGGGUAUAACGUUAUGUUCUUUGCUUCAGGAGAGGAUAAUGGAACUCAGGAAACACUGCUCACCCAAUAUCACCCCAUCAGCAAUUCCACGUUAUUUAAAGACAGAGUCAAGCCAGGUACAGAGUGCAGCCUGUACCUCUCUCCAGUCCACAUCCAGGGUGGUGGCCGGAAGUUCUCUUGCCAGGUUGUAGUCAGGUCUGGCAAAAUCUUCCGGCGCUCCACCAUGGUCAGGGUUUUUGCUAAGCCAGAAAUCCCCACGAUUGUGGAAAAUAAUUCCAUGGGUGUCUUCGGAGAGAGAAUAUUUACCUGCUCACUGUGGAAUGUAUUUCCCACAGCAAAUCUCACAUGGUUUAUAGAGAGAAGCUUCCCUCAAGGUGAAAGAGAAGAAAUACACAUUACUAAUGAAAAGAGAAAAGACAAAGGAGGAUUUUGGGAACUGAAGUCUGUUUUGACAAGUGUGUAUGAUAAUAAACCGGCCCAAUCAAACAACCUGACCAUCUGGUGUAUGGCUCUGUCUCCAGUCCCUGGAAACAAAGUGUGGAAUAGCUCAUCCGAAAAGAUCACAUUUUCCUUGGGCUCAGUGAACCCUCCAAGAGAUUCUCUGCUUGAUGCUACAGAAUCUACCCUUGGCACCCAGCCUUCUCCGGCCAACAACAUAUCUCCUACAAGUUAUCCAGCUCCAUCUUCAACAGCCCUUGUAGAUGUGACUAGAUCGACUCCAAACGUCACCCUUCCAACCAGCAGUUACGACCUGACUACCCGAGGCUUCAACUACUCCUGGACCUCCAGUGGGAAAGAUGCCAAAUACUCAGCUUCAUGGAUGCCCAGUGAAAAGUACAGUUCAUCCCCGUCAAGGGCAGGUUCGACACUUCAUGGUGACACCUUCACCAGCACAGCCAGAGCAUUUUCAGAAGUUCCCACAACUGCCAAUGGAUCUACUAAAAAUAAUCAUAUCCUUAUCACUGGUAUUGUGGUUAAUCAACCCAAAGAUGGAAUGUCCUGGCCAGUGAUUGUGGCAGCUUUGCUCCUUUCCUGCCUUGUAUUGUUUGGUCUUGGAGUGAGAAAAUUGUGUCAAUACCAAAAAGAAAUCAUGGAAAGACGUCCGCCUUUCAAGCCGCCACCUCCCAUCAAGUACACCUACAUUCAAGAGUCCAUUGGAGGUGAUCUGCCUUGUCAUGAGCUGGAGACACUCUAG